UUGCGGACUCGUAGGAUGUGCCUUGGCACGUCGCUACACCCUUCGCUAUGUAGCAAUUCUCCCGUACUUUAGAAGGAUGGGCUACAGCAUGAAUAAGUCCGAAUUGCAGUACCUUUUUUCCUGUGCUGUGUUCUAAUCACACUGGGGCCACAUCGGGACGCCUGUCUUGGAACGGUCACAUCGUCUGGCCGCACAAACAAUUUUCUUUCCGCGCCGCUGUCUCAACGCAAUACUGCAAGAUUUAAGUGCGCAAGAUGCCAUCGUGCAACGUUGCGACACUCAGGCUCCUUCCCUCCUCUGCUAUUGGAGUCGUUCAAUAUGCCUUCUGGAGAUACCGCGUUGGUGCUCACAGCAAGCUCUGUGGAAUCAUGUCUGUACCUUUCCGCUGGGGCACUAGUGUUGUAUGACUAUCUCCUCACCGCUGGCGAUGAGUACUAUUACAUAUGGAAAUCAGAGCUCUCCUUCGCGUCGGUGCUGUUCUUCGCAUUCAGAUACUGCGCAGUGAUCGAUACCGCCGUUUUGAUUCUAUCAUUGGUGACACUCUCAAGUUGGCCUGCGCGAUUGAGCUGUGCAGGAAUAGUCAUGUCUCAAAUGGUGUUUGACAUUGUUCUUUUGGCAAGCGCUGCUGCUUUCGCAGCACUUCGCAUUUACGCCAUCUAUGACCGCAAUAAGGCUGUGUUUGGAUUAGUGUUAUGCCUGGGACUUCUAAAUCCUGCCUUGACAUUAUACCCGUUUAUCUCAAUGAGCCCACAAACCAAAAUGCUGCCCAACCUUCAAGUCACAUGCUCAUUCACAACAAGUAUAUCGGAGAGUGUGUAUGAUAAGUGGAUGAUCGGUGGUAGAGCUUCAUCUGUUCUUGCAGAUGUUAUCGUGUUCAUUUUGACGUGGGUGAAAACACAACCCUUCAUAUGCAACAGCAUUCAAAGCAGACUUCAAAGGCUAAUGCUCACGGACACGGCAUGGUACUUUGGCAUCCUAUCGAUUAUCAAUGCUGUUAGCAUGGAAGUUGGCCAUUUUGACAUGGCAUUUCCUCUUGCUACCUCACACAGGCAGAGUGUGGAAGGAUUAGCUCAAUUGCAUGCUUCCAGGAUGAUCUCAAUAGCACUGUCGCGGCUGAUGCUAAAUUUGCGCAACAAUUAUGCCAAAAGGAAGGGGGAAACAUCGUUCACUGAUCCGACCUCAUUGCUAUUCAUCGCCUCGACUAUCGACGCUGAUGAGGAACACCUGGCCGACGAUACUGGUGCUCCAAGUAUUGAUGGAAAUGCAGAUCCCAGAAUGGAAAAUGCACCGGCAUAGGCAGAGACUCGUCUACCAUACCCCAAGCCGUAGCAAAGCUAAUUCGCCAAGCAUUGCUUACGAAGUCAUAA